AGCCGCGCAAGCCUGCUGACCGAGUGUGCUUUGUUUGUUUUACAAUUUCUUUCCAUUUAUCAUUUCUUGUUGCUCCUAACUCUCUUGAAUAUGUAGCAGGAUUGAUAGGAGGUUAAGGUGAGACUGCGUAUAGCUCUAGUUGAUGAAACAAAGCUCUGGUAAAAGCUAUUGAUGCAACUGGGAUUUUGAGAUGGUUAUGGAUGUUUUUAAAUUGGAUUUAACAGGAAUUUAUGUGGAUAUCAAUUUUCAUAAAAACUACAGACUGUCGCUAAAGGAUGAAGGCACUUCUCAGCCGUAACUAGACCGAGCGACUGCUUCCACACUACAGAACCAACCAGCCAGGCAGGCAGCGUGGGGAGAGAUAGGCCGGAGGAAGAUCAUCUCUUUUGGAGGCUUUCACAGAUGGUGUCCCUUGCUCCCUGUAGUGAGAUGGAUACAGAGCCCUGCCCUGGAGAGCAAGAGAGGCGGGUGGUGGAGACCAAUGAGCCAGAGUUGAAGGAGGCCUACACAGGUCCUGGUGACAAGGACAGUCAGAAAGAAAAGGAACUGUCCCAUGGGCCUCAGCAGGAAGACAAGGAGUCCCAUGGGGAGGGAGACCCCAGGAUAGAAAUCCAGGGUGGAGGGAACGCUGGCACUACGUUAAACUCCCUCCCUAUCCCUGAGAAGACAGAGACCCCCUGUGUGGAAGAGAGGAAGCUGAAGAAGACCCCCAGUUUUGCAAAAACAGUGAGGUUCAGUGAGACAGAGUCUGUGGAGGACAGGGAGAGCACAGAGGAGAGUCUAUUCCCAGACCAUGAGAUGGUGCAGUGGAUCUUCUCCAGCUUUGAGGAGCUGUUCCUGGCUGAAGACUGGCAGGACAUCACAGAUGACCGGCUGUUGAGGAAGAAGGUGCUGGCACCUGGCCCCCAGAAAGCUGAGCACCCAGCCUGGGGUCAGGAGGUCACAGUCAAAAUGCAGGGAGUGCUGGAGGACAGGACUGUGGUGGAGAAGGACCCUAAACUGGUGUUCGUCAUUGGAGAGGGAGAUGUCAACCAGGCCCUGGAGGAGUGUGCUAUAGCCAUGCAACAGGACGAGAUCACAUUACUGCUGGCAGAUUCACAGUACACCUAUGGACUUCUGGGAAGGGAGCCUGAUAUUCCGGCCUGGGCCCCCUUACUCUACCAGCUGCAACUCCUGAACAUCAGAGAGAAGCCCGACCCCCUGAUUCUCCCUAUCUCUGACCGUAUCCGCAUCGGCAACCAGAAACGAGAGCGGGGGAAUUUCCACUUCCAGAGGGAGGAGUACAGCAUGGCUGCCAGGGCCUACUGGACGGCUCUGGACGUCCUUACUACACGCACUAAAGAUGGUGGAAGUGCCAUGCUGGUGGAGGGGGAGGAGGUGCUGGACUACCGGGUGAAGUGUCUCAACAACCUGGCAGCGGCUCAGCUGAAACUGGAGCAGUACGACGACGCACUACACACCAGCCGGGAUGUUUUGUCCCUGGACCCACAAAAUGUCAAAGCCCUCUUCAGGACAGGAAAGGCCAUCCAUGUUGAGCUGUCCAAGCUAGUGAAAAGGCAAUCAGGAGGCAAAGACACCCAGAAGUGGCAAGCCAAACCUGCCCAGCUCCUUGGAGACAAUAUUGCCCCAUUUCUGACUCCUUCUAACAAGAAGCCACCUGGAAUUUCAUGGAAGUUCCUGCUUGGUGCUCUGGUGGUGGCCUUGGGCAGUUUAGUGACGUCAGUGGUUCUGACUGCAAGAAACUGAUGUCCUCUACAAAGGAACUGUCCUCUACAAGUCAAGCUCAUGAAUACUAAACUGAGUUGUCUGCUGUGAAUAUAUAUAUUUUUUUAAAGUGAACUGCACUAUGGAAAGACCUGUAUCAAUGUUCACUGACAUACUGUAGCAGCACCAACAUUUGCACCACAGCAGUAUUGUCAUGUUACAGCUUUUGAAUGUAUUGUAUGAAUGAGGGGCUUCUGUAAUAACAGGAUAUUUGUGUCCCAAUAAAUUGUAUCUAUGUCAAUGGAAAAUCUAAUAAACA